AUGUUUGCGCAUAUGGUGACCUUGAUCCAGCACUUUGGUGAGAUUCAAGGCUUGAACCGCGCUAUGGCCAAGGGAGAUAUGGCACCGAAGGUCAAAUGUGAUGCCAUCAAACUCAUAGGCCAGAAGCUCGAAUCAUGGAAGGCCAAUCUGCCGAGGAAUAUGCAGAUGACGAUACAGAAUAUCUACAGCCACCAACAGAACGAGCUAGGAGGACAUUUCAUCGGUCUUCAUCUGGUAUUCCACCACCUCUCCGCACUAGUCUACUUCAACUCUCUCGAAACCAAGGAGCAAUCAUACAUAGGGCAAGAAGAUCACGUCGCGCUGUGCAAAUCACACGCGUCAUCUUUCAGCAGUUUGUUACAUACCUCCCGACAGAUGAGUGGAUGCCAGCAGAACUACCCGACUGUUGGACACAUGACUACCGUGGCGUCUGCUGUUCUAUUACACACGCUUUUGUUAGGAGAGCCAGAGGAUAUCCCCAAAGCGCGACAGGAAUUGAAUACGAAUUUUGAAGCGCUAAUUGGACUUCGGCAGUACUGGCCAGCCACGGAAGCAGUGACUGAUGGCUUUUCAAAAGCUCUGUCUGCUGUCGACGGAAAGCCACAAAUUGGAUGGAUGGAUGGUUAG